UCUUCAAUGGUGUAGAAUAGAUUUAUGUUCAUAAAAUAUGCAUCGUUCAUGGAUAAAGAUGAGAACGCACGUCUGAAGAUAUAAACCUUUGUUUAAAUUAGCUCAAACGUACGUGCCGUGUGUGAUUUAUCACAAUUACUGCCCACGAAUCGUCGCAAACGUUUGUAUUUAUUAAGAAAACACAAUGAACAGUUCAACCGAUCCACGUCAUAGGGAACGAGAAGUUCGUUACAAGCCUUCCGUGUCCAGCAGUCAAGCUCAACCAGGGGAUGACUUAACUCCGGACUAUAUGAAUAUUUUGGGAAUGAUAUUUAGUAUGUGUGGAUUAAUGAUGCGGCUUAAAUGGUGUGCUUGGGUCGCUCUUUACUGUUCAUGUAUUAGUUUUGCCAAUUCGCGAGUGAGCGACGAUACCAAACAGAUAUUAAGCAGUUUUAUGUUAUCUAUAUCGGCCGUUGUAAUGUCAUACCUGCAAAAUCCACAACCUAUGACACCACCCUGGGCAACUGCAAUUCAAUAAAAUCGUAAGCAUUUAAUUUAAUAUACUUUGCUUAAAAUUAAACUUUUAUGAAGCAGUAAAAUUAAGUAUGAAAGUAUUUAUGCGUAACAUUGAAUAUGUAAAGUAUGGCUGAAUGCAAUGAAUAUGUAUAAAAUACACGAUUCCCCUUAUAUGUGGAUAAUAAUGUACUCUAACAUUUUCAUACUUUUUCACAUGUAAUAGCAAUAAACUAUAGGAGCAA